AGGUGGUGACAAAGCGGCUGGCGAAGGUGAAAGCGCGUUGACGAUUAGAGAGGGAUCUGCAUUGGAUGGUGGAGAAUCCGUGCCAGUUUACGAGUGGGGAUGUCCUAUGGACGGCAAAAGAAUUCCUGGGUUGCAGGUGUGCAGUGAAUCCAAACCCGACGAGACGGGUGAACCCAGUGAAGGAGGAGACGCUGCAGGUGACACGAAAGCUGGAGCACCGCGCGAAUCGUGUUACUACCUGAGCUAUAGCAACUAUCGUAAGACCCAUCUGGAAUCGCAAGGUGAGGGUGACGCAGACGGCGGUGGCGGACAGUCACCGCAAGAUACCCUGAGUCAAGCUGCGACAGCAAAGAGCGUUUCUAAGAAACUCUGUGGCCGUGUCGAGGUCGAAGGUGCAGCUGACGGCUCGCUCGCUGGUUGCACAUGCGUGAAUGCUGGUGCGUCGGCGAUAAUCAAGGACUCGAAGGUGCUCAAGAGUAGCAGCGGCGCGGCCGUGCCAUUCUACUAUACGCAUCUCUCUUCUGAUGAACAAAGGUCUAAAAAGAUUUUGGUGGUUCCGCAUACCGUAUCAGCACCGCUGCGAGACGGGGACGACCCGGUUAUGGUACCUCAAGAAGUUGCUGCCAGCGCCGAUGGAUCACAUGGACAACAUGGAGUCGUGCCGGGUAAAGAAACAAAUAUGCUCGAAGUCAGCCGUGAGAUCAUACCUUGGAAGUGGAAUCCAAAAAAGUUUCAGCAAUGUUUCGAUUCAUCCGGGUUUCUCGCUCCGAUUGGGGAUCCAUUGGAAGCGAUUCUGUCACCGAUACCGGGGUCCGCUUUCUCUUCAUCUGUCUCCUCUUCUACCUCGUCGUCUGCUCUAGUUCAUCCAUAUUUCGUAAGAUUGCCGAAUGCGAAUGCAAGAGGAGUACCGUCCACCUUUUUGUCUUCGCCGUUACUCUUGUCAGAGGCCAGCGCAGGAACUACAACUGGGACUACCAGUAGCACCAGCACCAGCAGCACAGGAGGAAGAGGAGGAGCACGAUUACAUCGAGGAGUCUCUCGACGAGUACUUCAGAGACGGAAUCAGUGCGAUGCCACUUCUUUUUUCUCAACAAACACUUCAUGCAACCCGUCAAAGUACCGUGAUACAGGAUGGCUGGUGACGAGAUCGAGAAGGAGCAAAGGACAGACGAGUGUUUUCUACAGCAUUAUCGGUCCGCCAGCACCCACGAGUGAGGCAGAAAGUGGCACGGCUGGGAAGGAACCUGCAGAGAACAUGGCUAAUGUUGUCGCUCGAUUCCUUGAAGACUACGAUAAAAAGGCCUCUGAUUCUUUAGCGACACAAAUGAAAUCGCAAGCCGAGCAAAAGAGCACUGCACAAGAUCCACCUCAAGCCAUCUUUACUCCGAAUGAUGAGGAGCUUUGCAGGAACAGUGUGAACGGAUCCUCUGCCAAAGGACAGGUCCCAGGAAGUGAAGUGCUCUUUGAAGCCUGGAGCCGCCUCAAACGGUGUAUGCGGAAAGGGGCGAAAGCAGCGACUGAAUGUGCAGGUGUACACGUUAAAGCGUCGUUGACUGGCGAACCGAUCCCAAACGAUUAUAGCCAAGCUUCUGCUUCACCUGUAGCUGAUGCAGGAGGAGUCACUGAGCAGCCAAACAAAAUGAUUACACAACAAGACGAAAGCCACCCGAUCUCUGCCUUGCUAGAUAGACUUCACAUGUACGUAUUUGAGAGAUGUGGGAAACACAAGAUCCAUCCUGGACCACUGGCAGCAGAUUUGGCUGGACGCCAAUGA